AUGGCACAGAAGGCUCGGGCACUUAAAGAGCACAGAUAUGAACAAGAUGAAGCAAGGUUUAGUCAGUGGAAUGGAUUACUCAGACAAUAUGCGGAACUACAGAAGAAAAACAGAACGUGGACAAAAUCUGUAGAAUUGAUGCAAUGUGCAGCAAAUUUAGUUCUACAUGAAAAUAAAUCAUUGAGGGAGGUGUGUCGUGAUUUUGAAUUGAGUAAAACUUCAUUAUCAAGAUUUAUUAAACGGAUGGAGAAUGAUCCUAUUAAUUUGAGAUUUGGCUAUGGUACUCGUCGGAAAAUAUUUAAUAAAGAACAAGAAGACAGUCUAACAGAAUACUUGCUCAAACUUGCACAAAUUUUCCAUGGUAUAGGUCCUAAAGAAGUUCGUCGCAUGGCUUAUGACUAUGCUAUUAAAUAUAAAAUAAAUAUUCCAGGCACAUGGCAUUCAAACGAAUGGCUGGGAAAGAUUGGAUGUCUGCAUUUCUAA